AUGACCGAAUCAGAUUCAAAAGUGGGUCGUUUGGAAGACGAAGCGUUUAAAAGAAAAGAGCGCCUGAAAAAUUUAAAAAGGAAGCGAGAAGGUAAUACUAAUACCGAUCGCGAAGGGAACGAUGCCACCGAAGGGAAGGUUGUUUUACCGAAACCGCAAUUUAGAAGCUACAAACCUUUGAACGAAAAGUUGGAGGAUUUAGCCUUAUCGCCGGCAGAACCUGGAAAUAUCGCUACAGAGGUGCAAUCGCAACUGGAAUCUGCCAAAUCUGCAGUGGUUAUUGAUCAAUUGGACGUGACCGCUUUAGCUCCGAGAAAACCAGAUUGGGACUUGAAAAGGGACGUUGCAAAAAAACUGGCCAAACUGGAGAAGCAGACCCAAAAGGCUAUCGCAGAGUUGAUUAGGGACAGGUUGAGGGAAUCCAACGAAACGGAAGAUUUAGCAGCAGUUGUAAAUGCUGGUGUGAAUAACGAAGUUUAA